UCGGCGGCCUUUCCGCUUCGGGUUCAGAGUACAUUCGGAUUCUCGGUCGCGCAGUUGCGAUGGCUGACGACGCAGAGCGACUGUUUUCGGCGGAGGAAUGGCUUUCCUUCCCGCAGAUCGAGAAGAAUCGCUACGAGAAUAUCCUCAGAAACUACAAAAAGAUGAAGGACUUUGGAUUGGACCCCAGCCUCCCGGAGUUCGUCGUGCGACAACAGAGGAAGCAACGCAACGGGUUCGUCGCGUCCACAGCCAGGCCGCCUCGAGUCGGCGUGGACGACGAGGACGACGAGUGGACGCCCGAGAAGGAGAGGACGCCUGGCAGAUAUGCGAGCAAAAGUGGAAGCGUGGGCGGUGGCAGAAGAGGCGGUCGUAAGAGGAAGGCAGAGUGGAGCGCUCCAGCUUCGGCCAGAAGGUGUGAGAACUACGAUGAUGCGCCGCUCAGUGUAGACCAAAUAGAUGUUAUUCCGCUGUGGACUCCAGCCAAGUUGGCGGCAGCUGCAAAGGGCACGGUCAAGGUAGUGCCAACAACAGCCGACAGGCCAAGUGGAGAUUCCGCUGAGGAAAAUGUUAAGCCAGAGGACAAGGGGACCUUUUCCGGUCCCAUGUCACAGGUGGCAACGGGCACAGAGAUGGUGACAGUGGAGGAGCUUCCAGUUGAGUCUAAAACACUUGAUGGUGUAAGAUCAGAUGACGAGGCUCGGGGAAAAAGCUGUCUUCCGGGGGAAAAUUCCACGAUGCGGUACCCAAAACGUUGCAGCAGAAGAAAACUGUUUUAUGAAGAAAGCAUUACUAAAGAUGACGAUUUUAUUUAUUGCGCAGACUGUGAAGAAGAGAAAGAGGGAGAGUGUCCGUAUCAUCCAUUGUUCCUUAUUUUGGAUAACCCCGUCGUUCGAGACGGCAGUGAGAAAGAUCGUGCUCGCCUCACAGCCCCUUGGCCCCUCACUGUCCACGACUCGAAAGUGAAGGGCGCAGGAAAAGGCGUGUGGACCAAUGCUCAUCUCCCAGCCCAUCUUGUCUUUGGUCCCUAUGAGGGCCGUGUCCUACGUGGCCAUCCGGAAGACGGCAAAGAAUCUGGCUAUGGCUGGAAGAUUCGAGGUGUUGGGACAAGCAAUACGUGCAUUGAUGCUGUAGACAGUGCAGUUAGUAACUGGAUGCGUUACGUCAACUGUUCAAGGACUGAAGCUGAGACCAAUCUAUCCGCAUUUCAGUACAAGGGACAGAUCUACUACAAGACAGAUUCUACAAUUAGCAGGGGAAGCGAGCUGAUGUGCUGGUACGGAGACGAUUACGGGAAGGAUCUGGGUCUGUCGAGAGAGCCGUCCAAGUGGAAGCCUCCGAAGAGAGAUGUAAAAGAUCGACAGUGCAAAUGGUGUGGCUUAGUAUUCAGCUCGAAAGAUUAUUUAACGGGUCACCUAAAAAUGUGCAGAAAGCGUGUUCGCAAUGACACGCUGCUUACAUGCUCCACGCGAUUAACCAGCAGCAGUAAUGGCUCAACCAAGCAAGAAGAGGCAACGCAGUCCCCGAAAAACGCUUCUCUUCAGACGCUGCGUUCGCCAGCAUCCGAUGAACAUAGUGCAGAGUGUUGGGAGUCUGAUUACAAGGGUGGAUCUGUUGACAUCCUAAAGCAACAUAUGCUAAUAGACGGUGGAAAAAAUCUGUUUGAGUGUUCUGAAAGUGGGAAACGAUUUGCUGACAGUGGUAAGUUGAGGGAAACCGAAGGAAUUCUGUCGGGAGAAAAGACAUUCGAGUGUUCCGAGUGCGGGAAAAGGUUUAAUCAAAGAGGUUCUCUGAAGACACGCCAGAGGAUUCACUCAGGAGAAAAACCGUUCGAGUGUUCCGAGUGCGGGAAAAGGUUUAAUCAAAGUGGUUAUCUGAAGACACACCAGAGGAUUCACUCAGGAGAAAAACCGUUCGAGUGUUCCGAGUGCGGGAAAAGGUUUAAUCGAAGUGGUUAUCUGAAGACACACCAGAGGAUUCACUCAGGAGAAAAACCGUUCGAGUGUUCCCAGUGCGGGAAAAGGUUUAAUCGAAGUAGUCAUUUGAAGACACACCAGAGGAUUCACUCAGGAGAAAAACCGUUCGAGUGUUCCGAGUGCGGGGAAAGGUUUAAUCAAAGUGGUUAUCUGAAGACACACCAGAUGAUUCACUCAGGAGAAAAACCGUUCGAGUGUUCCGAGUGCGGGAAAAGGUUUAAUCGGAGAGGUUCUCUGAAGACACACCAGAGGAUUCACUCAGGAGAAAAACCGUUCGAGUGUUCCGAGUGCGGGAAAAGGUUUAAUCGAAGUGGUUAUCUGAAGACACACCAGAGGAUUCACUCAGGAGAAAAACCGUUCGAGUGUUCCCAGUGCGGGAAAAGGUUUAAUCGAAGUAGUCAUUUGAAGAGACACCAGAGGAUUCACUCAGGAGAAAAACCGUUCGAGUGUUCCGAGUGCGGGGAAAGGUUUAAUCAAAGUGGUUAUCUGAAGACACACCAGAUGAUUCACUCAGGAGAAAAACCGUUCGAGUGUUCCGAGUGCGGGAAAAGGUUUAAUCGGAGAGGUUCUCUGAAGACACACCAGAUGAUUCACUCAGGAGAAAAACCGUUCGAGUGUUCCGAGUGCGGGAAAAGGUUUAAUCGGAGAGGUUCUCUGAAGACACACCAGAGGAUUCACUCAGGAGAAAAACCGUUCAAGUGUUCCGAGUGCGGGGAAAGGUUUAAUCAAAGUGGUCAUCUGAAGACACACCAGAGGAUUCACUCAGGAGAAAAACCGAGUGCGGGGAAUGAUUUAAUCAAAGGGUACGCCUAAGAAACCUCAAAAGAGCCAGAUAGUGCUCUCAUUUGUGUACAUUUUUCUUAUUCUGUCAGACAGAUAUAUAAUAGGACAUGGAAAUAUUUUGGAUAAUGUCUUUUGAAUAACGCAAGGUGACAAGUUCAUGUUAUAUGUUACAUACACCAAAUAAAAG